GAUGCCUUCCGGUUACAUUCAGUAUAAACAGUUAUAAACUUAUAAGGCGCGCGCUCGUGUAUGAUGCCUUGUGUGUUUUAUGAGAAGCGGAGUGUUUUGUAGGAUAAGUAGAUGAGAUUAUACUCGGGUUUCCAUCUCACAGGAGUCUGAAGUGAAGCUGUCGGAGUGUGAAAGAGGUCCGAGCGGAUCUCACUCACUUGACUGUGUGUGGUUAAAAGCGGAAAGCAUCCUGUGAAUGAUUCAGUUCAGAUGAACAGAGCAGGCUCGAGCUCUCUCUCUCUCACACACACAGUCAGUCCGACUGCAAGGCUUCCACACUCCUCUCUUUCUGCUCAGACUCGUCUUUUCGAUAAUACAAACGUUUCUCACGAGGAUUAUCUUUUAACCCUUUUCCCCCCCAUGCGGAUUAUUUUUGUCUUUUUGCUACACUGAGAGGAUAUAAACAAACAGUCAUUUCUUCCCCUCUUCUGUACAGUUUGUACUCGGACUUUGGUGAGUUUUCGGCGUUUGUUGCCUUUCACGUUUCACCAUGGACAAAAUGACAAAGAUAUUUUAGGAAACUUUUUGUGUUUACUUUGUAUACAUACUCCUGUCGCGUUUUAACCCUGUGGUCAUGGAUAAAUACGAAGAUUUGGGGCUCGAAGCGAGCAAGUUCAUCGAAGACCUGAACAUGUACGAGGCGUCCAAGGACGGACUGUUCCGCAUGAAGAGGGACGCAGGAAAUAACCCGGACUUUGAGGAAACCAGGAGAGUGUUCGCCUCCAAAAUGACCAAAAUUCACAUGCAGAAGCAUCAAGAAGAGAUGGCGAGAAACAGCCUGGGAGAAAGGCUAAACGGUGGGCAUGUCAAAGUAGCAGAUGGCACGUUUUACACCAAAGACAGACCUCCUAUUAGUAACUCCAGACAUGAAGCUGCAUCUAAGCCACCUAUUCUGUCAGGACCGAGCACAUGUUAUGAAGGACAGAAGCAUCAUCCAGCCAGCCCACAUGAUGCCAGGGUUUUUAGCUAUGGAAGCAAUCAUGAUAAUAAAGACCUGUCACGCUCAUACCAUAAUCCAUCUGUAGAACCUGGAAACUCUUGUCCUCAAACUAUACCUCUUCCUAGCAGUCCUUCUGGCACUUUGGUAUCUAAGAACAAUCCUCAAUCCCAGGCAUCAUCAUCAUCACUAUCACCCAACUUUGGCUUGAGUUCAAGUGGAACGAACCUGAACCGUGGAGCAACUUCUCCUGUCCAUCAGACUUCACCAUGCCAAACUUUAACACCCGCUGGGAAGCCUGAUUGGUUCCCACCAUCAGUCACAGGUGCUCAUGGAGAACCAGACUGUCACCACAAGUCUUCUCCUUAUGUGAGCCCUACUCAUCACGCCGAACCCAUCGUGCCUCAGAAACCCUAUGGAGACCCACGCCUUAACGGGGUUCCUCAAAGCACUGGGACGUGCUCCGCUGUCCAGCUGUCCCCGCUAGCGCAAAGCCAACCAGAAGCGCAUCAGCCUAAAGGUCAAGUGCAGUGUCACACUCGAGGUCAUAGCAGUUCCACUGUUCCAGACAACUUGCUGAACCCUGCAGAGCCAGCUCGGAGUGAUGCCCACAGCCCCCCACAGGCACUCAAACUGCCAUGCCACACUCUCCAUAUACAGCCCGAGUCUGGGCCAUCUACAGCUGAAAUAAAAUUAGAAGCUCUAACUGAACGCCUGGAAAAGGAGAUGGAUGCCCAGCCUAAGGCUGACUACUUCGGCAGUUGUGUGAAAUGCAGUAAGGCCGUGUAUGGAGCCAGUCAGGCGUGCCAGGCCAUGGGCAGCCUCUACCACGACAGCUGCUUCACCUGCAGUGCGUGCAGUCGGAAGCUCAGGGGGAAAGCAUUCUACUAUGUCUCUGGGAAGGUGUUUUGUGAAGAGGAUUUUCUGUACUCUGGCUUUCAGCAGUCAGCUGACAAAUGCAGUGUAUGUGGCCACCUGAUCAUGGACAUGAUCCUGCAGGCACUGGGCAAGUCCUACCAUCCAGGCUGUUUCCGCUGCGUCAUCUGUAAUGAGAGCCUGGAUGGAGUGCCUUUCACUGUGGACACCGAGAACAAGAUCUACUGUGUUAAAGACUACCACAGGGUUCUUGCUCCUAAGUGUGCAGCAUGCAGUCAGCCAAUCCUGCCUUCUGAGGGGUCUGAUGAAACCAUUCGAGUGGUAUCUAUGGAUAAGGACUAUCAUGUAGAAUGCUACCACUGUGAGGACUGUAUGAUGGAGCUGAAUGAUGAAGAAGGACAUCGCUGUUACCCACUAGAUGGCCACCUGCUGUGCCACACAUGCCACCUCAAACACAUUGAGUCAAGCUGCCCGUCUGUCUGAGGAGAAGGAUAAUUAGUUCUGGAUAUCUGCUGCCCCCUGUGGCUGUCUGGAGACAGUGAUGCCAAACUCUCAUGCUUGACUUCAAAUCAGUUGCAAUAGUAGGAUUCAAGAAUAAACCUCACAUUACUUCAAGGUCACAGCUCUUUGUUUGUCUGUAUUGUUAUAACCCAAUUAUUUUAUUUUACCAUUUUUAAGAGCUGACCCUAAAUUGUCAGAUUCUUCUAAGUAUGCGUGCUCAUAUUUUCAUUCUAAUUCUGCCUGUGUUGUGUCUUUGACCAGAGUAAUGCAGGCUGCUUAGUCAUGAUGACCAAGAUUAAAAAGUAAAUUGGCUUAGGACGUCAAAUUUUAGCACUCUAUGACAGGUUCAGUUCCCCAUAGUUUGUUUCAUUAACUUAAAAAUUGCAUUUACUACUCUCAAAUUAUGAAUUCAAAUAGUAAACAAUAUAAUAAAGCAUCGCUAAAUUUCUUAGUAAUUAAAAAUGUCUUUUAAUUGCAUAGUCUGGACAAAAAUAACUUAUGGAAUGAACGUGUGACCGAGUGGCAAUGGAUUAUUGUGUAUUGAUUCACCUAUGUCUGUUAUUUAUCUUUACAGUCUUGUUACAAAAUUAUCCCAUGACAGUAAUGUCAUAUAUGUUUAAGAGAAUGCCAAAAUACACGUGUGUUACCUCUUAUUCAAAUCCAUAAUUUCAAAAAAAUGUGGCUCUGUCAUGCAAUUUGAGUUUUGUUGUGCCAUUUUAUAAUAAAUAAAACAUCCUACACAUUUCCUUAUCAUUAGUUUAUUCUAGUGAAUCAAAGUACCAAGCAUAUAGCAGUUUUUUUUUUUUUUAAAGAUAUUUUUUGGGCUUUUUGCACCUUCAUUGGAUAGGACAGUGCAGAGACAGGAAAUGAGCAGGAGAGAGAGACGGGGAGGGACCGGGAAACAACCCCGGGCCGGAAUCGAACCCGGAUUCACGGCACGGCGCCCCAUCCACCCGAGCCACAACGCCCCCUGCAUAUAGCAGUUUUAUAGAAAUGUGUGCGUACUCGAGUUCAGGGAGCGCAGUUCAAUGUAAUUUUCUGUAGAGAAUCAGCAUACAGUACCUCGUGUUCACUAGGUGACUUUCUUGGAUUUCAUUUGUGUGUCAGGAGCUCACUCUGGACUGAAUUCAGUCAUUUAACCGUCAUGUUCACAUUAAAGUGUCUUUAUGUAAGAAACGAAAAGACUAUAAAAGUGUCAGGUUUUGUUUAAAGAGAAAUGGAGAUGUGUAUUUAGCUCAUCUGGCCAUGAGGCCGAUGAGCUAUUGACAUGGCGUGGCGUCCAUCAUCCGUCCAUCGUUCACAAUUCAGUUAAAUUGUAUCUCCUCCAUCAAUUCUCCACGGAUUUCCAUUCCGAUUGUUUUAUUUGAAAGAUCUCAUCAUUCAGCACAAAACAUAGUCGUUGUUUUGUCUAAUUUUUUGCUAGUGAGUUUGUAAUUAGGCCAAAUUAACAAAUUUUCCAGGCAUCUCACUAGAAUUUUAUCUCCUCUCUCAUUUCUCAUCCAAUUUAAGUUCUGAUCGAUGUUUUGAGUAGAUCUUCCCUUGAGGAACAAAACUUGGUCAUUUGUUUGUUGAUUUUC